AUGUAUCCAUAUAUUCCAAAUGAGGAUCCUUCUUUUUCACAAACGCCUUUAACUAUAGAAAUGUUACUUGCUGAACCUCCAACAUAUUUAACAGAUGUAGAAGAAAUGCUUAUUGAGCAAAGAGGAAUGAGAGAGCUUCCAUUUCCUGGAAUGGACAAAAGCGGCAGAGGUGUUUGUCUCAAAAAUGAAGUAAAAGCUUGUACAAUGGGUGCUCUCUGUCCUCUUCGACAUAUAAUUAAAGAUAAACAAGUUGUUUGUAAACACUGGCUUAGAGGAUUAUGCAAAAAAGGAGAUCAAUGUGAAUUCUUGCAUGAAUAUGAUUUGAUUGCUUGUAGUAAUCGUGAAUGUCCUUUUCGACAUAUUGACCCUGAAAGUAAAAUAAAAGAUUGCCCUUGGUAUGAUAGAGGAUUUUGUAGACAUGGCCCUUAUUGCAAAAACCGUCAUCGUCGUCGUGUCAUUUGCCCUUUCUAUUUACUUGGAUUUUGUCUAGAUGGCCCUCUAUGCAAAUUUUCUCAUGCUUCAUUUGAUUUGCCUUUGGUUGAAGCUCAACCAAAACUUAAUUUUAGACCAAAUUAUGGAGUUACUUGCCAUAAUUGUCAUGAAAGAGGUCAUAAAGCUACUCAUUGUCCCCAUUUACCUGCGCAAACACAACUUUCACAAAUUGAUGCGACCAAAUUAAAACAAUAUGCUUCUCAAGCACAGGAGCAACAAAGGAGAAAUAUUGUAUAUUUUAUUUUUUGA